AGGAGGAAGAGAGAAUUGGGGAAAAGGAACAGACCAUGAAGCAGUAACCCUUGCCCGAUCCUGCAAUUUCCAGAGCCAUUUGUAUCAAUCCAUUCUUUACCCAUUAAAGGUGAAGAUCAAAGCCAAAUGGGAAAGUCAUCUUCUUCUCUCAGGAAGAAACGCUCCAAGAAUUCCUCUCAGGUCCGCAAGCGGAAAAGAAGUAAGAGUAGAAGUAGGAGGAAUAAAUCCAAGAAGCUCCGUCGUCAUGAUGAUUCCCUUUCUUAUUCUGAUGAUGAUACUUUGAGAAGUUCAAUGUUAGUGUCAUCCUCUAGUUCUGAGGAAAAUUAUAGGAGUAGAAGGGCUCGGUCUCGCACUCGAAAGGACGUAAAGAGUAGUAAAAAAAGGGCUCGAAGGAGCUCUCCUAGACGUGGAAGCGUAGAGGGUUCACCCCGUGCAAAGAAAAGAAAAGAGUCAAAGAGGAAUGGUGAUUUGGAUGCAAGGAAGAAAGCCCACAAGAAGAAACCGAGGAGAGAUGUAAGUGAUAGUUCCAUGAGCAGUGGUUCAUGGAGUUGUUCGACAUGUCAAGGUGGGAAUAGCAGCAGUGGUGAGAGUGAAUUUGAGAGGCCAAGGGGUAGGUCUGAAAGAAAGGAGAGAGAUAAGAGAAAUUUGGGAAAAGUUAAACAUGUUAAUAAAAGGAGUAGACAUAGGUCAAGAAGUUGUUCAUCAUAUGGUCGAUGCAGUGAAAGUAGUGGUUAUCAAAGUGUGGAGAGAUGGGAUGCUGAGAAUAAUUCAAGACGUUUAAGAUCAGUUAUUACUGUUGUACGAGAACCGGAAGAGGAGGAUGGAAGAGAAUUGGAUAAGGAUGCACAUAAAGAAGAGAUUAUAUAUGAUCAUGAUGAUGGUUACCCUUCUUGCAGAAGUAAUGAUAGUAAUGAUGGUGGGGGGAAGAGGGAGUUAACUUAUCAUUCAGAGAAGAGAAAGCAAAUGGAAUCAGUGGAAGAAGCUUUUGUUUCUAACAUUAGAACCACUGAGGAUAAAGAGAGUGACAAGGAUUGUGGGACCCAGAAUGAUGGAAGUAAUCCAAGCUUCCAUGGGGUUGAGGAAAAUAAGAAUGAGGCUUCUGAUGAUAUUGGUCAUUUGGAGUCAAUUUUAAGACAAAGAGCUAUAGAAAAUCUGAGAAAAUUCCGAGGGGUCCAAACAAAUGCAAAGACUACUCCGAAAGACGUGACUGCUGCAGUUAAGCAUUCACCCACUUCAAAGGCUGAGUUGGUGCAAAUCAAGGCCUCCAGGGUGGAUGGGACUAGAGCUGUAAGUGCAAACCCAGUAGUAGAGCAGAGUAAUAUGCCUACUGUCGGGAGAGAGUUCACUUAUUCUUCACAGAAUCUUGGAAAGAUUCCAGAUGGAAGAUACAGUGAAAAUGAACCUGGAGCUUCUGAAAGAGGAGUUGUCUGCCCACCAGAAAAGGUGGCUACCACUUGUGCUCCCAAUGAUGACAAUAGUAGCAAAACUGCUGUCAAUGCAUUUGGUAAUAAAUCUAAGCCUGGCACAUCAGUACUGAGGCGAGAAUCUUUUGGCACUAGCACCCCCUUGAAGCAAGCAUCCAUUUCACAGGAGUCUCAUAGACCAAAUUUGCUGGUGACCAGGCCAAGUGUAAAUACAAAUUCUGCCGCAACUGCUCAAACUGUGCUGUGGAGUAGCAAGGAUAAUGGUCAACAAGUUAGUGAUACUUCUGGUCCUGCUGCUUCGAACCUGCCUCCUGAGCUUAAACCUAUUUCAGGAGAACAAAGCUCAAAAGAAGUGCAAGGAGAAGCCAAGGAGGGCUCACAGUUUGAGCGGAAGACAAUGUCUGUAAUGCGGGGUGGUGAAAUGGUGCAAGUGAGCUACAAGGUUUACAUCCCAAAGAAGGCCCCUGCAUCUGGGUGGAGGCAACUUCCGCGCUGAUGUUUGAUUUGUGAUCAUGUCCCCAAUGGAAUGGCUUUUCAUGGAAGUUCUACAAUGACAGACAACUAUUGAACGGCCUGCCCUGCAACAGCUGAAAGAAAGCUUAAAAAGGAAGUAUAAUAAUUGAGAUUAAUAUGUUAUUUUGGUCUUUGCUUUAAUCAUGGAAAUGACUAUAUACACACCUCUCUCAGAUAUAUUCAUAGUUUCAUUCCACUUGUUUCUCUGCCCAUGGUUUCUGUGACCUCUAUUUUCUUAGUCAUGCAUUUAAAUUUCAAAUAUUGCUAUGUUGAGGUCUUAGGAUGAACGGUUAACUAUUAUUGGAAAUUGUUUCUGUAAGAGAAGCAACUCGGAAAAGGUGUCAUUUUCCCCA